ACGUUUGUGGUCAUAAUAACAUAACCUAAAAAUAUGUUCCUUGCCUAAAAGUUUUACGUAAAGAUCAAGUACAUGAACCAAUUUUUUGAUGAUAAAUACAUAAAACUGUAAUAUUAUUUAAAAAAAUGGAAAACGAUAAAGAAAAUGUGGUUCAAGCAGUGGUAAUAAUGGAUGUUUUUAAUAACAACUUUGUUCCUAUUAGCAAAAGCAAACCCAUGGGCUUAUUCCCCGUAGCAGGUGUUCCUCUAAUAGAUUACGUCCUGGAAUCUCUGGUAUCUGGAGGUGUAGGAGAAGCCAUACUUUUUUGCUGUCAAGAUGCCACUAAAAUUAAAGAUCACAUAAAAAAAUGUAAGGAAGACAAAGUGCCAUGGACUUUAAUGAUGGAGGUGCAAAUCAUGAGUUCAGACAUUUGUCAGACUAUGGGAGAUGUAAUGAGAGAAAUAGACGCUGCUGCAAUGGUCCGUGGAUACUUUGUGCUGCUAGGAGUAAACACAAUCACCAAUAUAAACUUCGCUGCUCUGUUAGAGCAACAUAAGCAAACCUGUAAGAAAGAUAAAGGAGCAGCAAUGACGCUUGUAUAUAAAGAGGUGGCUUGGGAGCACCCGUUAAUAAGCAAUGACAAAACUUUAUUACUGGCAGCUGACGGCAAUACACAUAAGGUUUUGAUGCAUGAGAAAUAUAAACCAAAAUCAAAGGAAGCUUCAGUUUCUUUGCCUUUGGAAAUUGUGUUACAGCACUCUGAAGUCAAGUUGCAUCACAAUUUAGUGGAUGCAAACAUAGCUCUCUGCUCUCCAUCAGUGCCACCGCUGUUCUCUGAUAAUUUUGACUUUCAGACCAGAAGUGAUUUCAUACAUGGAAUCCUAAUAAAUGAGGAUAUUUUAGCAAGUACUUUGUAUUAUACAUUAAUAAAGGAACAUCAAUAUGCUGCAGCCAUAACAAACUGGAAAACAUAUCAAACUGUUUGUCGGGAUAUUCUACACAACUGGGCAUACCCAUUGUCAAUUGAAGCAGGGUCGUUUUACAAAAACAGCUACAUGUUUAUGGGAAACCACAACUUUAGAAAGAUUAAUUCAACUUUGAGCAGAUUAUGUUUAUUAAAAGAGGAAGUAUUGAUUGGAGAAGACACACAUAUAAGUGACAUGUCAAUAAUCUCAAAGUCUAUGAUUGGCAACAAUUGUAAAAUCGGAAACAAUGUUGAAAUUAGAGGUAGUCAUAUUAUGGACAAUGUAGUUGUUAAAGACAAUAGUAAAAUAUUGAAUAGCUUUAUUGACAACAACUGCACUGUGGGUGAGAAUUCUAAUAUAGAAGGUGUAAUAGCUGGAGCCAAUGUAUGUAUAGAUGCUGAUAGUAAAUACAAAGGACAUAUAUUUGAAGAAAUGAAUACUGAGAAUGAUAAAACACUUUUAAAGUCAACAUCUGAAAGUGGAACAGAGUGGGAGAAUGAAUCAUCUAAAGAUGGGGAAGAUGAGUUUGUAGGAUUUGAAAAGGAAUGGAGUGACAGUGAAUCAUGCUAUUCUUCUGAUAGCAGUGCUGAAUCUACUUUACCCGAUUCUCCAGUACCAGAAGACACUAACAUAUUCCUUCAAGAAGUAAUAGACAGUUUAGCAAGAGGCUAUGAAGAGAAACUGAAAUGUGAUUACCUAAUAUUAGAAAUUAAUUCAUCAAGAUAUGCCUAUAAUAUACAGUUGCAUGAAGUGAACUUCUUUGUCAUAAGAGCACUGCUUUCAAUGCCAGUAUUGAUUGAUAGCAAAAGUGUACUCAAUACUGUGAAAGACAUUUUGAAGUUCUUCCGUCCAGUGAUUGCAAAUUAUAUCAAAAGUGAAUCUUCUAUUAUGGAUUGUUUAAGAGCUGUAGAAGAUAGCUGCAUUAAAAACGAAUGGCUAAAUGGAAAAGCUGGACAAGUGAUUCAUCUAUUAUAUGAGUCGGACAUUGUUGAUGAAGAUUCCUUGACAGAGUGGUUCAGAGACUUGAAAGAAAAUGAAAGUGUACUUGUUGAUCAAACAUCAGUUGUGAAGUUCUUUGAAUGGCUGCAAGAAGCAAGUGAGGAAAGUGAAGACUCUGAUUAAUAAAAUAAAACAUUGUUUAUAAAUUAUAGUUUAAUUUGGAUACAGCUGUAAGUUAGAACUUUAUUGUUUUAAGAUUAUAAUUUUAUCGAAUUGUAGCAUAUUGCUGAAAUUGUACAGUUGAAAAAUUUCUAAAUUUGUUGAUAUCAAAUGAAGUUGGUUCACAUGG